AUGAAAAGAAUAGUAUAAAUAAUAAAUAAAACAUAUUGCUCUCAAAAUUAGAAUCUAGCAAAAAUAAUUUCUUUAGAUAUCUAAAAAACUCCUUUGUUAGAUUAAUAACUAAGAAAUAAGUUACUUUUAAGACAAGUCUUUACUAACUAAGAAAAAACACACUUCUUUUUAAAUAACUAAGUCAAGUAGGAUAAUUAGAUUUUUAAAAUAACAGGAAAUAGUUUUUUUGAUGCUUUUUAUGCUGCUUACUGCUUACAUGGAGAAGUUAUGAUUUCUGCAAGUGAUAUAUGGCUUUCAAUUUGUCAUAAGUUAGGAUAAGACAUAAACAGAGAUUAAUAAAAAUUUGAAAAAUUUUUUAAUACCUCUGAAGGGAUAAAUAUGCCUACUAUUUAGAUUGAAUCUUCUGUUUUAGGCUAAAAGGUGUUCCCAUGCAAAGAAAAUAGAUGGGAUCUCAUUUUAGAUAUAUUUAAUUAUUAAUUCUAAAGGCGUGUUCAAGGAUAAAUAGGAUUACUAAUUAAAAAUGAUUUUGAUCUUUUUUCUUCAAAUUUGGUAGAACAAACAUCAGCUAACAUCUUUUUAUUAUCUUAAAUGGAAAGCAAUUUACGCUUUUAAUCUUGCUCUGUAUGCGGAAUUUAAAAAAUUCAUUUUAUAGGAGGAAUUGAAGAUUUUGAACAUUUGGCUUUUAAGAUUAAGUGUUUAAUAGAAAAUAAUUUUGCUGAUUGGUACUUUAAUAGCUUCUUUUUAGAACCAAUCUUCAAAAUUGUAAAUAAGUUUAUUGAUUAAAUGAAGCAUCCUAAAGACAUAGAUAUUUAGUUUUGGAAUAAUGUAUUCAAUCAAAAGAGUGUUGAUGAAGAAUAUUGUGGCAAAAUAAUUAGUGAGAAGCAAAUUUUUGAUGGUUGGAUAAAAUAUUUCUUUAGAAGUGAACUUUAAAAAGAAAAGAUUCCAAAUUUUCUAUCAUUUACAUUUGUUCCUUUUAAAGAUACCACAUAAAAUAAAGAUUUUAAGCUGAAAUUUUCAACUGGAAUGAUAGGAAUUGAAGAAGUAAAUCAUAAUGUUUUUCGCCCAACUACUUUCGUUAAAAUUAGUGAGGUUAUAGAAAAUUGA